AGAGUUUUAUCCAGGACGGAGCAGAUAAAAUUAAAGUGGGCGGAGGAGGUGGAUGAACGAGGAUCGGGGCCCUUAGCCGGUGUGAGCAUGGGCACUAUUCGGGUCUAUUACACCAGUGUCACAGGCUCCAGGGAGGUGAAGCAAAGGCAGUCUGAUGUCAUUCGCAUUCUGGAUGGAAACCGUAUGAAGUACCAGUUAGUGGAUGUGUCCAUCAGUGAAAGUUUGCUGCAAGAGAUGAGGGACAAAGCUGGGAAGCCAGAUGCGAUUCCACCUCAAAUAUUUAAUGGAGAGGAGUAUUGUGGGGAUUUUGAGAUGCUGUAUGAAGCAACUGAAAAUGAAGAAGUUAGGAAGUUCCUGAAGAUAGGAAGGGUAGACAAUGUUGCAAGAGAAGGGAUUUCCAUCUGAGAUGUGUUUCUACAUAGAUAUUAAAAUAUUGUCCAGUUUUUGACUUAGAUGAAAUUUGUGAAUUCUGCGUGUCAAAAAAAUUCCAAGAUAUAAAUACCUUAGUUGCACAAAUGACAAAUCAGCUUUUUGAAUAACGUUUGCUUCAAGUGCCAUGCCGUCUUCUCUGUGAAACAACGUUCAGCAGUACCUUCUUCAGAAGGUCACUGGAAACACAUUGGUUUUAGCUAUGAAAAAACUUUUGAGUAUAGGUACUGGAAAAUAUUGCACAUCUGGAUGGAAUAUUAAAUUAAAACGGCAGUCAAAGUGUAUACAAAAU